AUUUAACAAAAAAGCAUUUCACGUGGAAAUUGUUCGGAUAAAUAUCAAACAAUUAAAUAAUAUUAAACCAUAUACAAAUACAACUUAAAAAAGAAUUUAUUUAAGCAUGUGUGAAGUCGAGACUAUUACAAAAAUCGCCAAAACACUGGGUGUUGCAGCUGGUGAAGUGAAACUGAAUUCUGAAAAGAUCAUCACUCGCACGAAUAACAACAAAACAGUAUCGGGUUUUGCCACUAUUCUUAACACAUUGGCACAAGAAUCUAAAUCGGAGAUUGCACGCAACAGUACAGCAACUCGCGAGACUGCCGCGGAUGUCUAUCAAUGGAUUGAAUUUGCCGUGUUGUAUGUGGCACCGGGUUCCAAAGACAAACAUGUAUCUCAACAGCUCCUACGUGAUUUUAAUAAACUAUUCACCACUAAAUCCUAUUUAGUGGGGCAUUUCAUUACUUUAGCGGACUUGGCUAUAUUUUAUGCCAUCUCCAAUUUGGUGAAAUCUCUUUCUCCCGUUGACAAGGAAAAUUAUUUAAAUCUCUCCCGCUGGUUUGACCAUCUGCAACAGCGACCAGAAAUACGUCAAGGCGGUAAUGUGCUCAACUUCACCACAAUCUACUUGCAUGGCUGGGCGACAGGCACACAUAUAUAAAUCUUCCACACUUCAUGUUAACGAUUUAUUUAUAUUCACUCGUGAGAAACAAUAACAUAAAUGAAAAAAUACCAAGUAGGAAAAUGUGUACGUAUUUAUUUGAAAUCACUUAAUGUAUUACAUACUAAAAUAUGCUCAAUCAUCAUUACUGUUCAUUACUUUUCUAAGUAAAAAAAAGCAAUUUGGAAUAAAAUUCAGUAUUUUGCCAGCUACUUAAUAACUCGGUGAAGUAAAUGCUCUUAUCAGUUCUUCUUAUGUUCUUCAAAAAAUUUCAAGAUCUUACAAAAAUUUCCAAAUUUAUUACAAAUCAUUUACUCUCAAAUUCGUAUUGUAGGUUUGCAAAAUAUUUGUAGUUUAAAAAUUGAAGAAAAUAAAUUUUAAACAGCAUUAGAAUCGUUUCGUUUCACUCUUGAACCCGAAAGGGCUUACAUUUUUUUUUAAUAGAAUUUCAACCACAUUCAUCAUUACACAUCAA